AGAAGAAAACCAGGAAGUUCUUUCUGCAAAAAUGGCGGAGUACGAUCUGACCACCAAGAUCGCGCACUUUUUGGAUAGGCAUUUAGUCUUUCCCUUAUUGGAAUUUCUUUCCGUGAAAGAGAUUUACAAUGAGAAGGAACUACUCCAGGGAAAGCUGGAUCUGCUCAGCGACACUAACAUGGUGGAUUUCGCGAUGGAUGUGUACAAAAACCUGUUACCCGACAAAGAGAUCCCCCAAUCGCUGAGGGAAAAGAGGACGACUGUUGUUGCCCAACUGAAACAACUCCAGUCGGAAACUGAGCCCAUCGUCAAGAUGUUCGAGGACCCGGAGACAACUAGGCAAAUGCAGUCAACAAGGGACGGGAGGAUGCUGUUUGAUUAUUUGGCAGAGAAACACGCUUUCCGUCAGGAGUAUCUGGAUACCCUGUACCGCUAUGCCAAGUUCCAGUACGAGUGUGGCAACUACUCCGGAGCUGCUGAAUACCUCUACUUCUUCCGUGUGCUGGUGCCCUCCACGGACAGGAAUGCGCUGAGCUCGCUGUGGGGCAAGCUGGCCUCCGAGAUCCUAAUGCAGAACUGGGAGGCAGCCAUGGAGGACCUCACCAGGCUCAGGGAGACCAUCGACAACAAUUCGGUGAGCUCCCCACUGCAGUCUCUUCAGCAGAGGACGUGGCUGAUCCACUGGUCUCUCUUCGUCUUCUUCAACCACCCCAAGGGCCGCGACAACAUCAUCGAGCUCUUCCUCUACCAGCCACAGUACCUGAAUGCCAUCCAGACCAUGUGCCCGCACAUUCUGCGCUACCUCACCACUGCCGUCAUCACCAACAAGGACGUACGCAAGCGCCGGCAGGUGCUCAAGGACCUCGUCAAGGUCAUUCAACAGGAGUCCUACACCUAUAAGGAUCCCAUCACCGAGUUUGUGGAGUGUCUGUAUGUGAACUUCGACUUCGACAGCGCUCAGAAGAAACUGCGGGAGUGCGAAUCGGUGCUGGUGAAUGACUUCUUCCUGGUGGCGUGUCUGGAGGACUUCAUCGAAAACGCCCGACUCUUCAUCUUCGAGACCUUCUGCCGAAUCCACCAGUGUAUCAGUAUCAGCAUGCUGGCUGACAAGCUGAACAUGUCCCCUGAGGAGGCGGAGAGAUGGAUCGUCAACCUCAUCCGAAACGCCCGGCUGGACGCCAAGAUAGACUCCAAACUGGGUCAUGUGGUGAUGGGCAACAACGCGGUGUCUCCGUACCAGCAGGUGAUUGAGAAGACCAAGUCCCUCUCCUUCCGCAGCCAGAUGCUCGCCAUGAACAUCGAGAAGAAACUCGCACACGCCAACCGCAACGAGACACCCAGUUGGGCCGCGCAGGACACCAGCCUGUAUUAGAUAUCUUCAGCCGAGAGACGGAAGAUCAAUAAGUCCUUUUGUAACUCCCACUGUCCACUCCCCAGCCCCUGAAUAAAAUGCAAAACAUGAAUUGUUGCUAUUUAAA